GCGUGCCACCGCCAACGCCACGCCCCGACGCAGCUAUGGGCAACACUGUGCACAGGACCCUGCCAGACUCGAGCCCGCCCGCGCGCCUCCUGGCCACCCGGCCUUGCUGCGGCCCUGGCCCAGAGCGGCGCCCGGUCCUGGGCGAAGCGCCGCGUUUCCAUGCACAGGCCAAGGGCAAGAACGUGAGGCUGGACGGCCACUCGCGCCGGGCCACACGGCGCAACAGCUUCUGCAACGGGGUUACGUUCACGCAGCGGCCCAUCCGGCUCUACGAGCAGGUGCGGCUGCGCCUGGUGGCCGUGCGCCCGGGCUGGAGCGGGGCGCUGCGCUUCGGCUUCACGGCGCACGACCCGUCGCUCAUGAGCGCCCAGGACAUCCCCAAGUAUGCCUGUCCUGACCUGGUCACGCGGCCCGGCUACUGGGCCAAGGCACUGCCCGAGAACCUGGCGCUGCGCGACACUGUGCUGGCCUACUGGGCGGACCGCCACGGCCGUGUCUUCUACAGCGUCAACGACGGCGAGCCCGUGCUCUUCCACUGCGGUGUGGCCGUGAGCGGCCCCCUCUGGGCGCUCAUCGACGUCUACGGCAUCACCGACGAGGUGCAGCUCCUCGAAAGCGGGUUCGCCGACACGCUGACGCCCGCGCGCAUCGGCCAGGCCCGCUUCAGCGCCUGCCUGCCGCCCAGCAGCCACGACGCGGCUAACUUCGACAACGACGAGCUCGAGAACAACCAGGUGGUGGCCAAGCUGGGCCACCUGGCGCUGGGCCGCGCCCCGGGCCCGCCGCUCGCCGACCGCGCGGCCGCCGCCAUCCCGUGCGGGCCCCGCGAGCGCUCACGGCCCUCGUCGUCGCCGGCGCUGCUAGAAGCCGACCUGCGCUUCCACGCGACGCGCGGGCCCGACGUGAGCCUGUCGCUCGACCGCAAGGUGGCCUGCGCGCCGCGGCCCGACGGCGGUCGCACGCUUGUCUUCUCCGAGCGCCCGCUGCGGCCCGGCGAGAGCCUCUUCGUGGAGGUGGGCCGCCCGGGGCUGGCGGCGCCCGGCGCGCUGGCCUUCGGCAUCACGUCAUGCGACCCGGGCGGGCUCCGGGCCGCCGAGCUGCCCACCGACCCCUACGCGCUGCUCGACCGCAAAGAGUACUGGGUGGUGGCGCGCGCCGGGCCCGUGCCGAGCGGGGGCGAUGCGCUCAGCUUCACUCUGCGUCCCGGCGGCGACGUGCUCCUGGGCGUCAACGGGCGCCCGCGCGACCGCCUGCUGUGUGUCGACACCACGCAGGCGCUCUGGGCCUUCUUCGCCGUGAGCGGCGGCGCCGCAGGCCAGCUGCGCCUCCUCGGCACCCUGCAGUCCAGCCCUGCGACCACAUCCCCAUCAGGAUCCCUCAGCGGCUCCCAGGACGAUAGUGAUUCCGAUAUGGCCUUCAGUGUCAACCAGUCCUCCUCAGCAUCUGAAUCAUCCCUGGUGACGGCCCCCAGCUCCCCACUGAGCCCACCAGUGUCCCCCGUGUUCUCCCCACCAGAGCUGGCGGGCAGCAAGAACAGCGAGUGCGCAGUGUGCUUCGAUGGCGAAGUGGAUACAGUCAUCUACACGUGUGGACACAUGUGCCUGUGCCACGGCUGCGGCCUGCGGCUCAAGAGGCAGGCCCGGGCCUGCUGCCCCAUCUGCCGGCGGCCCAUCAAAGACGUCAUUAAGAUCUACAGGCCGUAGCCUGGCCCGCCGACGGCCCUGACCAGAGCAAGGUCACCUUUCUGAAGCCCACCCCCACCCCGGGCCGGGCAACCACCAUGGCCGCCAGGGAGUCCAAGGGCAGCAGCUAUCUUGCCUGCUGCCCUCCGGUGGUGGGCAAGGCGUGACAGUCGUGGACACGAGGCCCCCGGGGGUCUCAGUCCAAGCGAGGGUUGCUUCUGGCUCGAAAGUGCUUUGCCCCCAAAAGGCCGUCCCAAGAGCAAGCUCAGGAACUGCCUGGCAGACUGCCCUGUCCCCCGGUGACCUCUCAGCUGAGAAAUGGCGUCCUCUGUGCAAUGCCUUUUGCUGGGGUUGGGUUGAGUGUGUGUGAGAGAGGGGGAGGGGAGGGAGGGAGACAGUCCAGAGAGGGCGAGUGUGUGAGAAUGACCUAGAGAGAACGUGUAGGUAUUUAUCCAGGGAUCCUGGCUCUGGGAGGUUAUUUAACACUAAGGAAUGUGCAAUCCGGAGCCCAGACGGUAGCGUGACUAGAAGUUGUUCACUUUACGGGGCUGUGACGUCAGCUGGUUUUGAAUGUACAAAGCCUGCACCUAAACAGAACUCCCUCAGGUGGUAUAGAAAAGGGACACUCAGAUUUUCUAAGGCGAGGAAAAAAUAGCUCAUUGUUUACAGCUCUGAAGCGGCAACUCCUUGGGGAGUAGUUGGGCGGAGAACAUAAGAGAACAAUUUGCUUUUUCAGUUUCUAACUCAGUCUUGGAGAGGAGUUUUGACUGGGUGCUGGGGCCAGAGCUCUGGCCGGGUAUCUUCUCCAGAAGUCUUGUCACCCCUUCAGCCCCAGACAACCUAAUUACAAGCAUACCACCCCUUGACUCCAUCCCUAUAUGCUUUUAGUCUGUAGCAUCCUCACCAUCUCCAAGGAGAAGACAAGCAACAGGUUCCCUUUUCCUGGGGGAGGGAAAGAAUCCUAGAUGCCGGUGAGCCACCUGGGGUUGGAAAGGUCACUCCGCAACUCUCCACAUUUUCCUGCUGAAAUAUGGGGCCUGGCAUUUGCCAGCGGCUGUGGGCAUCAGCAGGAUGACCUGCUGGCCAAGUAGGGGAAGGAAGCAGGGCUUUGCAACCAGUCUUGUUCUGAUUGUCAGCUUAUCUCCCCCUGGAGAUUACUAAGAUGUUAACUGAUCAUUUAGAUGUUAACUAGGAACUGAGACACUCGCUGAAAAUGCUGACACUGGGACUCUCCUCCUCUCCAGGGUUAUUUGCUGGGCAUUUCCUGGGACCGUGACCCUGCCCCAACCCCCUCCCCCCUUCCCCCCUGCUUGGGCCCAUCUCUGCAGACUCCUGGACCACACCUGGGCUGAUGGGCUGGCAGGCCUGCAAUUCCCUUCUGGGCCCCACCUCUGCCCUAUCUUGUGCUGUACCUUUAGGGAGGUCCCUGGGCCUCACUGUUUCUCAGUUCCCGAUCUGUCCAAGAGGAAGCCUGGUACCUGCCCACUCCAGAGCUCUUGG